UCGGCAGGUUUCUAGAGAUUAAAGGUGAGGAGCAGAGAGGACGAUCUCUUCUUCUAGAACAAUCCCAAAGCUUCCUGUCAGUCAGACUGUCAGGGGGCGGGGGCCAGGGAGUGGGGUGGUCUCCUCUGCAGCCAAUCAGAAAAGACUGGGCAGGUUUUCAAACCAACAGACCAAUCAGGAGGGACUAGGGCGGAGCCUGGGAUGUCUCUCCACAUUUCACAGUUCAUUCACCAAGAGCUCAGCAGCAGAAGUACAACUACUCACUACUACUACUACUACUACUACUACUACUACUACUACUACUCAGUACUACUACAUAGCACUACUACUACUAUUGAGUACUACUGCAGCGGUACAGCGUGUAUUCAGUGCAGUACUUCUACCUGAUGGACUCAGCGGCGCCCCCCGGCCUCUCUCUGGUCACCGUCUGUUCCCUGUUAGCAUGCUGCCUCCAGGUAUUAGCUGCUGUGCUCCUGACUCACAGGUAUGGUGGGCAGAGCUCAGCUGAGGACAGGUGGGUCCUGCUGUGGCUCUUCUAUGAUGUCAUCGUCCACCUGACGCUGGAGGGUCCAUUUGUUUACAUGUCUCUAGUUGGGACGGUGGAGACCUCUGAAGGCCCGCUGGCGGAACUGUGGAGGGAGUACAGUAAAGCCGACAGUCGCUGGUUAGUUUCUGAUCCGACCAUCGUUUCUGUAGAGAUUCUGACCGUUGUCCUCGACUCUCUGAUUGGUCUGCUGCUGAUCCAUGCAGUACUGAAGGACAAGUACUACAGACACUUCCUGCAGGUCGCUCUGAGCGUGUGCGAGCUGUACGGCGGCUGGAUGACCUUCUGUCCUGACUGGCUGAUGGGCAGUCCUCACCUGGACACGUCCAGCCGGCUCUACCUGUGGGUCUACCUGGUCUUCUUCAACGGGCUCUGGGUUCUGGUCCCGGUCCUGCUGCUGGUCCAGUCCUGGUUCUGUCUCCGCAGUCUGCACGCGCUCAGAACGGACACAGACCUCAAGAGCAGGAAGAACAUGUAGAUCACAUGAUGACCUCACAUGAUGACCUCACAUGAUGACCUCACUCUAACAGAACAUUAAUGGAAACAAUAGAACCUGUAGUGAUCAAACAACUCGAUCAACUCGUCUGGAUCAGCUGUAAAAACUUUAUUUUAUUCAACAAUAAAUAACCAAUAAAGAUUGAUUGAUCAAUGA